AUGAUCGACUCGGGAAUGAAGACAGGGAGUCCAAACACCGAGGCCAUUGUCAAAUACCUACUCGAGCACGGUGCCGACCCCAACAUUCCAGACGAACAUGGAAAGACGGCAGUGCGGCGAGGGAUGUCUGCAGGGCUUGAGGUAUUCCGGAUGCUGCUCUCAAGAUGCGAAAACGACGCCGAGAAAAGACGAUACUGGUUUGGGUUGUCGUCUUAUAGUGUUAGGGGAUUUACAGAGUACCUUGACCUGUUGUUGGCUGAAGGUAUAGACAUCGAUGCGAGAAGGGACGACGGCUGUACUCUAUUCCUGUGCUGCCUGGGCUACGACAACCAGCUGGAAGUCCUUCGAGAGUACGGAGCGAAAACCGGCGUCGUUGACAUUUGCGGUAACAAUGCUUUGCAUCUUCUUUGCCAGCAGGGUAUAUGUGUCCGCGGCCAAAUGGAAACGAUGAUUGCCAAGGAUGGGUUGGAUCCGCUUAGUACGAACGACAAUGGAGACACCCUGCUUCAUCAUGUCGCUUCUUGGUACCACGGCGCGCCGAAGGUGGUUGGCUUUGUUGGAUGGCUUGUUAGUCUUGGUAUACCCAUCAAUGCUGUGAACAAGCAGGGAUUCACAGCUCUGCAUGUAGCAGAGAUGAGAGGUCUUGAGAAGCCUUCCCUCUUUCCCAACAAACCCCAUUACAACAGAGCGGAUUCCACUCACUUUACGGAAGUGAUCAAUCCUCGGAAAGAGCUCAACUUCGAGAUCCGAGACAAGAAUGGCCUCGCUCCAUUGCAUCUGGCAGCCAUGCGGUCUGCGGUUGAAGUAGCCACUUUGGUGGCCGCUGGAGCAACCCUGGGCUUCUUGACAGAGGAUUCUCAAAAUGUUCUGCAUCUCUCAUGCCGAGCUCGCCAACCGAGCGUUGUUGGCCUGGUACUUGACCAACCUGGAUGUCCUGACCUAAACCAAGUGGAUUGCUUUGGCAGAACUCCUCUCCACUACGCUUGUAGUUCAGGAGAACCAGAGUCUGUGGCACUUCUUCUCAAGCACGGCGCCAAUGUACACGCGAUUGAUUCUAAAAGUCGCACUCCUCUACAUGCCUGUGCUGAAUCUAGAAAGGAGCAGGAUAUUUGGGGCUCGCACCAUGGGGGAUACAAAUGGCUACUUGGUCCGCUAACAGAUCCUCUGCGACCAAGCUCCUCGCAACAAGAUGACGAACAACCUUGGUAUCAGUAUCGAUACGGUGAGCCGAAAUCGAUAUUUCGCAAGAUCUUCUUCCCUUCGGUCACCACCAUCAUGAAGAUGCUUCUGGACGCGGGUUCCGAUGUUUCUGCCGUCGACGAUUCCCAUUUCACAACAUUGGAUGUCGCCCUGCACGAAGGUUGCUCUGAAGUAGCCGAGGUAUUCGCCACUGACAAAGAGCUAUUUUCUAAAGCAACACAGCAUUUGGAAGAUGACAAGAAAACUGCAGAACGUUCAGAACAGAUUCGGCAGUGGAUGUGGGCUCAGAUGGCGUUGAUGCGACCAAGGUCUGCCCUGCAUGUCCUUGGUCAAGAUCAGUCCGCAACCAACCAAGUUCUAAAGUCCCCUUCUAUGUACUUGGACCUCCUCACUUGCAAAGACGCAGCCAAGCUUAUAAACGAAGUGUUUGAGGUCGACCCGGUGGAUGCUUUAUGCUACACACUUCUCGAGGAGCUCAUGAGACCCGAUCGUCUACAAGUGGCCGAGUAUUUAUCCAGGCUACUUUUGCAUUACAGCUCGUAUGAGUCUGUCAGAGAUAUCAUUGAAGCGCGAACGGCGACGGCGCGUUCUAGUUAUCCAUCUGCUUUGACUCCAUUGCAGCUGGCAUGUAGAUGGCCAGAGCCCAACAUGCUCACGUUGCAACUUCUCGUGGAAAAGUUCCACGUCGAUGUGAAUGCGCAAUUCGCAACCAUCCCAGAUCGCGGACAGCGAAGAUCAGAUAUAGUCGCAGGAGGAACUGCGCUCCACGUACUCGCAUCAGCGAACAACUGGUGGCAGAUAGAGGGAAUGAGAUACUUGAUUUCCAAUGGGGCUACGGUUGAUGCACGAGAUGAAAAGGGCCAAACUCCAUUGCACACAGCGGCACGUGGAGUAAGGUACAACAAUCACACAGUCGAAGGAUUUUGGAUGGCCUUUGCCGUGCGCCUACUCCUCGAUAAUGGGGCUGAUCCGAACACUCUGGACGAGGAGGGUCUAUCUCCUCUGCACAAAGCGACUGGUGCGCCAGAUAUCAUGCGAGAGCUGCUUCGCCAGGGUGCUGAUCCAUCGGUGGGAGUUAGUAACCCGCUCUUCCUGGCAAUUUCUCAUCAGAAUCUUUCGGCGCUGGAAAUACUCCUUGAUCAUGGCGUCAGUGUUGACUCUCUUGAUGAGAAGCGCAAUGGCCGACAAGUGCAUUACCAGCUGAAGGAGUCACACAAAGUAUACGCACUUUUAUGUGCCGCCUUUGCUGAGGAAAUAGACAGGGACGUUCCGCAGUCUGUGCCGCUGCUUCGCGCACUUGUCGAGCGUGGAGCUGAUUUGUAUCUGCCGUUGAAUGAAGACGAGACAAUGGCUCACUCUCUCUUCGAGCUUCCAGAGUACGAGGUCUUGAAUACAUUGCUCCAGGAGCCUUGCGUGUCUCGAAUCGACUUCAAUCGUCGCGAUCAACACGGCCGCACUGUUCUGAUGGCUGCGUGUAACUGGCGAGAAGUCUUGCCUGGCUACUCGCGUAGGCCCCGGGGUCCAAAGGCAACUGGACCACCACUGCGCAUUCUGGACUAUGGUGCGGAUGCUACAUUGGUUGACGAUGAAGGCAAGACAGCGCUCCAUCACCUCUUGGAUAACCCCGGCAUGCCAGACGACGUUCUAGUGCAAUUCAUCCAUCGCAAGGAAGUUGCUCCUACGCUCUUCAUGAGAGAUCACAAUGGUUUUCUGCCAUUCCACUACGCUCUCCGUAUCCUACGACCUGAAAUCUGCGACUUGCUGUUGUCCAAAGGUGCUAGUCUGCUAGAACCUGAUCCAAACGGUCUCACAGCUCUGCAUUACGUUGCCAAGCAGUGCUUCGCGACUCAUCGAUCCCGACGUUCCUCGGGACAUCUGCAAAUAGAUCUACCUAAGGACUACUUCGACCGUUGCCUAGCCCUCUGGCGAAGAUUCCUAGCUGAAGGAGGCUCCAUCAAUGUGGCCGAUAAGCUUGGGAAUACUCCUCUGCUCACUUACCUAUCAUCCCCGGGCCGGCAGGAUCGCGCCAAGGAUCCGCUCAUAUACCAUCUCGAGGACUAUGAGAAACUGUUUCCGCCCGACAGCGGUGCUAACAUCUUUGCUGUUAAUACCCAAGGUGAGACAGCCCUGCAUGUUAUCACGAGGCGAGAGAGCAACUAUUACACGAAACCGGGAUAUGAUAAGGCGCUUUUCGAAGCAAUGCUGGGUAAAGGGCUGGAUCCUCUCCAGGAGGAUAAGAAAGGCAGGAGUGCGUUGGAUGUUGCGAGUGCUUGUGAGAAGGAUGACAUUGUCGGGGUUUUAGGAAGAAAGUAGAGUUCUCAAACGUAGCUUAUUGGUUGUUUUCACAUUCACAUCGGCUGCCUGUGACUCAAGGUUAAGAUAACAGGGAGUUGUCUCAUUCCUUAGGUACUUGUGGCGUAAC